AUGCACUUGUUUUUUCUGAAAUAGUGCUACCCUAGUUAAAGUUGAUACUCAUACCCUGUGCGUAUCCAAUAUCCUCGUAAAGUUCAAAUUUAUGCCAACCCCAAAACCUAAAAUUUUACUUCAAGAAUAAAAAAACCAUCACUUUUUCAAACAUCCCCCUCUCAAAUCUCUCCCAAAUUCCCCUACACAUGACGAUUUAGUCCAUCCAAAAACCAUCUCAAAUAUGUGUUCUCACUUACCCAUAAUACCCUUCUCCUUGUUCUUGUUCUUAUUUCCCAUCAUCAUUCAAGUGGUUAAAUCUGCACCAGAUAACACCAAUUUAGUAUACAAAGGAUGUGCAAAACAAUCUUUACAAGAUCCCAAUGGAGUUUACUCCUCUGCCCUUUCCGCCAUUUUCGGGACUCUGAUUCAACAGUCGUCAAAAGCGAUGUUCUUCAAAACGACAAGUGGCAGUGGUCAAGCAUCAAUCACCGGUCUUUUUCAAUGUAGAGGCGAUCUAACGAAUCUCGAUUGCUAUAACUGUGUGAGCAGACUCCCAAUCUUGAUGGACAAGCUCUGUGGGAAGACAGUCGCUGCAAGACUCCAGCUUUUGGGUUGUUAUAUGCUUUAUGAAGUCGCUGGAUUCUCUCAAAUCUCUGGAAUCGAAUUGCUUUACAAGACGUGUGGGGAAACUAACGUUGGUGGAGUUGGGUUUGAAGAGAAGAGGGAUUCUGCUUUGGGAAAUUUGGAAAGUGGGAUUGGGAGUGGAAAGGGUGGAUUUUAUACGACGAAUUAUGAAUCGAUUUAUGUUUUGGGGCAAUGUGAAGGUGAUUUAGGAAGCUCUGAUUGUGGAGAUUGUGUUAAAAGUGCUGUUCAGAGAUCUCAAGUUGAAUGUGGAAGCUCCAUUUCUGGACAAGUUUAUCUUCAUAAAUGCUUCGUUAGUUACAGUUAUUACCCUAAUGGAAUCCCGAAUCCCAAGAAAUCAUCAUCUUCAUCUUCAUCGUCUUCUUCGUAUUCUUCAUCAUCUUCAUCGCCUUCUUCAUCAUCAUCUUCGUCUUCUUCAUAUUCUUCACCAUAUUCUUCUUCUUCAUCGUCAUCAGAUACUGGAUCAAAUACAGGGAAAACUGUAGCGAUAUUCUUGGGAGGGGCAGCAGGAGUUGGAUUCUUGGUGAUAUGUUUAUUGUUUGCUAAAAAUCUAGCGAAGAAACAUGAUGAUUAUUGAAAGGAGGAUAUAGAGUUGUUCAAAGAACAAAGAUCAAAAUUUUGAGGUGGGUUUCUUUCUUUGGUCGUUUUCAAAUCCAUGUGGCAAAGGGGUUUUUGGAGGUGUAAUAUUUGGAAAAAAAAAAAAAUUAAGGUUUGUGAAUUGUGAAAAAGAUGAAAGAAAGAUGUAAUAUUUAAUUUAUGUUGUCAUAUGUUUGUUUAUUCUUUCCUACUCUUUCUUGGAUAAUUAAAUCAUACCUAUCAGAAUAUUACGUGGAAAAAUAUGGUUUAUGCAGUAUGCACAUGUUUGAGACCCAAAUUAACCUUUUUAUUAUAAAACCAUAUUCAUUUUGAAUAUAAGAAAGAAAGAAAGAAAAACAUUAUUUCG